AAGUCAGGCAAAUGUGAGCACCUGCCUUUUGAGAAUUUUCUCUUUCCUCUCGCAGUAAAUAUUUCAAAUAUUUCCCUUCUUCUAGUCGUGGAUUCCCUAAUUGUAUCAGUAUCCCUUCGACUUUUAACUACAUCAAGUCUAUGGUCAGAAGGAAUUGAUCAUUUUUUCCGGUUGAUACGAUUGUCAUCACGCACGAGAUUUCUCAUCGCAUAAUCUGUUAGUGUUACCAGGAAUUGGUUGUAGGAAGUGUACUCGAAUCAUCUUCAACGACAUAAGAUAUCAACGAUCUCGAAAUCAACGAUCUUCCUCUGCAACCACCUUUGCAGAAGGAGGAGGGGGAUUAAUGAACUACGACAAGGCCUUCCACCUGGACCACAAGAACUACAAGGCCCUCCACCACGGGCGCUGCAGCAUCAAGUUCUUCAUCAAGAAGAUGGCCUUCAAUAUGGCAACCUUCCUGCAGCUAGUGCUUUUGGCACAGCUGCUUGUACUCCCCGAUUCGGUGUUUGGUGCAACAUUGGCGAGUUAUGGUCCUACCUUGGUUCCGAGCCGCGAUCAUGCAGUAGCCCCGUUUGCAGAGAAAGAAAGAGAACCGACUGAAAUCUGUCGCUACGCCUAUGAGACCUGGGCGGACCAGUACUGUACGAACGACGUGUCGCCGACGUCGACGCAGCAAUAUCCUAUUCUGAGCGCGGAUUGCAAGGAUACACCCGGAGGCUGCAAAAAAUGUUAUAUGUGGAGAAGGAGUUAUUUUGAAACGCUGUACUUGGGGGCAACGUGCGUUAAUAAAAACCGCUGCUAUUUUUUUGGUCACGAGGAUUCGUGUCAAGAGACAGCUUUGCACUUGGAAACACUGAAGGCAGGUUUCACCUCCGUGAUCCAAAAGAGCCCCACUGCUGGAUACGAAGACGCGAAGCCCGUAUACCUGUCGGACGUGACUCGAGCGGACAUCUUGGGAACAAUGGGGGUCUGUCGUGGACCUGCGUAUGCUCGCCGUGUUGUUCCCUUAAAAAUAUCCGAACAAGCUCCUGGGGAAGGGCCCAAGAUCAAUUCAGCCCUGCCCUUAUGGCUGGACUCUUUAACUAGCCGGUUAGUUGUUUCUCCCUCAUAUCCUAGGUGAUGUAUCCCACCAAGCCAAAGAUGCUUGAAAUAUAACUUAUUACUUAAGUGGAAUAUGUUUUUUGACUACACAAGUUUAUUACUUACUGAAAAGAACUAAUUUGAUCUUCGCUUCAAAGCUUAUUUGAUCCUUUAGAAUAAAGAAAAAAAAAAUUUUUACGUCCUCGUGCUCCUGUAGAUCUAACGUCCUCCAGGUGUUCCUUUUUCUUCUGCUCUCAAACAGUACAUCCUUAUUGUUAGUGCCACAGGUCCCCCCCGUGGGCCGUCUGUAGGUCUGUGGGUAACCGUCUGCCCUUCUCAUCUUAAUAACAAUAGAAACAAUACUAACCACAGUAAUAAGAAUGAAUUAUAUGAAUAAUAGCACAUUCUUGGUUAGGGAUUAUCUACCACAACCCAUCACAGAAUCAGGAUAAGUUAUCUCUGGGCGGGAUAGAGUAAGAAACUACAGCCCCAGUACGACUAAUAGUACCCAUAUGCGUCUAUAUAAUAUAGGCAAGAGUCCUACUCCUAGUACUAUAGUCCUAGGACUAUUUCUAGUUCUACAUACUUCUAUUCUAAUAUGCGUCUAUCCCGAAUAUUACAGGAGGUGGGAAAGUAAGAAGCCUGGGACGUGCGGAGAGACAGCUAGUGCGGAUAAAACAAAGAACGCACUCAAGGGGCGCGAUUCCUCACUAGGCGAGCACUUAUAUGGGAUCAAUAUGAACACGGGUGAUUAUAACAUCUACGAUUUCCUUUAUCCGACCGGGAACACUGUGAGCCAAGUGAAGCCGGGAACGCGUGAAAGAGCGGUGGAGCAUGCGUCCGACGUCUGCGAUCGCAAGGAUAACUGUCAAGGAUUCUACAUGACCAAAGAGCUAGUGGGUGGGUUUUAUGGGUAUUUUCAGUACUAUACGAUCGAGCCGCCGACGCCCGCUGACGCAGUGACCGCCGUGCAGCCAGAAUCUACAACGAGUGGGGAGGUCGGCGAUCCUAUGGCCGAGGUCUCGUGCACUGAGGACGAGGACUGGGACCUGUACCUCAAAGCGGUGGGCCCGUUCCAGUGUCCUGAGCCUGCGCGUGAGAUCCAGGUAGGCUCCACAGAGAGAAGCUGGGACAGCGGUACAAGACGGUAUGGCUGCGGACCCGCCUACCACAAUCGCGUCUGCAUGGGCGAUAAGCCUUAUUGCAAAGAGGCGGAGGGCUACUGCGUAGAGUCGCUCGGGGCAGGUGGCGUGGGUGGCGUCUCCGCGGAGGCUGUCACGGAUGCUGGAGACUACGGUUUGACGAACGCGACGAAGUACACCCGAGCAGGGUUGUGGGACCGUCAACGGUACCCGGGAAACUGCCGGCCAGAUAACAGUUAAGAGUAGGCUAAAGGUGUUCUUGUUACCGUUUGUUUUGCCUCUCCUAAGGGAGAAAGGCAGAACAAGCGGGGGAGAGAAACACCAGCGCCCUGCCUCUAAAACAGAUCUAGGCAACCACUCAAAAGAGAAAUGUCGGUCCUCGUGUACGGAAAAUGCAACAAGUUUCAUCCGACUGAAAAUAGAGAGGUUGUCGAGCGUCACCCGGCUCCUCCGUACUCUACGGGGGUCCAGACUCCCUGCGAAGGAGAUAUGCCUGCCUGUUCCAAUACUUGCCCCGCGGCGCACAAUGGAAUCUGCGAGGACGGAGGUCCUGGCUCCACAGGCGUGCCCAAGGACGCGGCGUUAGGUGUCUGGGAACCGUCUUGGAAAGCGACUUUCCACGACCACAAAAACGCCCAAGGCGGAGUCCAAUCUGGGUCACUGCGCUACCGCUGCCCGCUCGGAACAGACUGCGCGGACUGUGGUGUCCGCGAAAACGUGUGGCGCAGAAUCUUGCACUCCCGUCACGAGAAGGAGGACCCGGACCCGGUGAACUCGCGAGCAUCCUUGAACCAAGAGAUCCGCAAUAUUUUCGAACCGUCAGCAGCACUCACGGGUGGCAGUGCUUAUCCGUUGGGGGCCGGGCCUCCGGGAUAUUAUGCGCGCGUGCGGAUGUGUCGUGGAACUGCAGCUAUGAGUGCUCAGUACCCUCACCUGGAAGGACGCUUUCCGGGUGACUGCGUUGAGACAUUUGCGACGAUGAAUGUAAGGCAGCACCUGGGCGGGGGCAGGAAGGGCCUCACCAGCGGCGUAAGACAGACGGGCAGCCUCUGCCGGCUGCAGGAUUGUUUGCCAGAACAUCCGCGACUGCACGUGUUAAAUGUCGGUCUGAAGCCGGAUGACUACUAUUAUUCCCCCGUCUACCAAUGGCGACACACCGGAGCCGGCUGGGGCUCCACGGGAACUUCGCAAAGCUUGAAGACGCUUGAAGCCUUAGAAUUCGAGAGGAAGCCGGACCACGAUGCGGCGAACGCUGUCGACGCGCUGGCGGAUGGCAUUUACCACGCCUAUGGGAACGGCAAGAAGCUGCAUGUUCAUUUCGACAGCGUCCAUGGUUCAGGCAAGACCUGUGACGGUGUCACAAAUGGGAACACCGCGCCCGGAUUUGCCCAAUCUCAUUGGGGGAAUGGAGCGGACGAUGCCUGCGCGCCCUUUUCAAUCUACGUCUCCUGCACACGCCCUCGCGCUUCUGGUGAAGUAUUUCAUCCCGAUUUGGCGGGCCCCAAAAUGUAUCACCAGGUCGCGGCGAUUGUGCGGUCGGCGUCCACUGCCCCGGUAGCAACAGCACCACUUGCCAUCUACCAGCUUGUGUUCCCCGCGUCACUGUAUACCUUCGCAAAUGGUUGCCGCACAGAGUCCUCGCUGUCUUUUAUGGCUAGAAGUUUUUCACUAUCCCAUUCGCACGUGGAUUAUAGUAUUAUAUGGUGAGUUGUGGAGUCCCGCUUGAAGAUUUAAAGGGGACGAAAGAACUACGGGGAAAAUAAUGGGCACUCACAACUCUACCUCUACCAGGCAUACUUAGUGAAAAACUGGCGCUUCUACGUCGUGGCUGAAUACAGCGGUCGCGCCGCGAAUGGCCGAAGGAUUUUACAACUUCGUGAAGGCGCAAGUUGGGCCCUGGGGCAACGGGGCACACCAAGUAUUGUCCAAAACGACGGUGCUACAGGAAGGACACUUUAAUGUUAUCAUGAAGAGUUGCGAAAAUGUGAAAGCGGACCCCAGUUUUCCGUGGCAAGAAUUUGCGCUUCAGUUACGGCCUAGUGCAACUGUAAUUCAUCCUUUGAUGAAGCAUCUUUUUUGUCUCCCUUUUCGUUUUCUCUAAGGGAAAGACAACACGUCAAAGACCAGGCUUGGAGUUCUCCAGAUGAGUAUAAUUAUAUAUGUUCCAGGGCUUGGGGCUACGGUACCCCCCCUAGCGCAGGGGGGGCACCGUAGCCCCGGACCCCUUUUGGAGGCGUCUGCCGGGGGAGGAAGGCCUCAAAAGGGGGCCAAGUGGCCGCCUCCGCUCCCUUCCAGGUGCUUGGCUGUCCCCUAGAGGCCUCCGACGUAGGUGGAAGGCCUCAAGAGGGGCCCAAGGGGGCCGCCUCCGCUUCCUUCCAGGUGCCUGGCUGUCCUUAAGGCGGCAAAAGGCGAGGGGCUGGACCCUCUGAGCCGUGCAGCCUGUACCCUUCGGGCCCUUGGUCAUCGGCUUGCUUGCUCUUGCGACCGUGGCCGCCUUCGGCGGCCUUUUACCCGGGAGACCUCCCGCCGGUGAGGGUCAGCAGAGGCCAGGAGGUCCCUGCGGAACCCGCUGAGAGGCCCAAGGGGAGGCCUGGGCCAAGUUUUGACGCCUUCCACCACUAGAAUCCGUGAAAAAUCAGCGCGGAAAAGCGCGCGCGCCACCACAGACCAGACCACAAUCAAGGGGGGGCGCCGUCCAGCCCUGAGCCAUACAUAGGAAUAUGGAUUGGCUCUCGGGCACAGCACUUUUGUAAGUAACAAAAGCGCGCCUAGAAGGCCUCUCUUAAAGGCCUCGCUUAAAGGCCUCGCUUAAAGGCCUCUCUUAAAGGCCUCGCUUAAAGGCCUCUCUUAAAGGCCUCGCUUAAAGGNCCCACAGCUCAAUAGAGGUCCGCUCCUCAUGAGCUCUCACUUCCAGGGCUUUGUGAUUUCUGAAGCGUCCGCGACGGUUUGGACUUCCCGACCAUUUUUUGUGGCGUGUGUCACGAAAAAUGGCCGCUAAGUCCAAACGCCUAGUCCGCGUCAACUUACCUCCCACAGCUCAAUAGAGGUCCGCUCCUCAUGAGCUCUCACUUCCAGGGCUUUGUGAUUUCUGAAGCGUCCGCGACGGUUUGGACUUCCCGACCAUUUUUUGUGGCGUGUGUCACGAAAAAUGGCCGCUAAGUCCAAACGCCUAGUCCGCGUCAACUUACCUCCCACAGCUCAAUAGAGGUCCGCUCCUCAUGAGCUCUCACUUCCAGGGCUUUGUGAUUUCUGAAGCGUCCGCGACGGUUUGGACUUCCCGACCAUUUUUUGUGGCGUGUGUCACGAAAAAUGGCCGCUAAGUCCAAACGCCUAGUCCGCGUCAACUUACCUCCCACAGCUCAAUAGAGGUCCGCUCCUCAUGAGCUCUCACUUCCAGGGCUUUGUGAUUUCUGAAGCGUCCGCGACGGUUUGGACUUCGCGACCAUUUCUUGUGGCGUGUGUCACAAAAAAUGGUCGUUAUAGAUCCCAACGCCUACGUUACGCCCGGGCCCACUCAAGCCGCCGACAGUUCAUUUUGCUUCUGGUGAGGUUAUAGCCUUUGUCGGCUCUCUCUGCGCCGCUAUUAUUCUAGACCGGCGACGCGCUCUGCGUCGCGGUUCAGGUCUAGUACUUAUAUAUAAGUAUAAGAAAGGAAGCAGAAGCUUCGUUCUAGUUCUAAUACAGGUCGGUCCCUUUUACGACGAGGCGGAUGCCCUUACGGUGAAGAGGAUUAUCGAUCAGACGAGCGAGUCAAGCGAAAGACUUUGGUUGCAUUAAGGCUUCGCCUAAUCCAUCUUGUUCGGAGAUGCUCCUGGAGUGGUUUUCCAAAGGGGGAAGGCAUCUUCUAGGAUGUUGCGUCUCACAAUAGAUGGAUGAUCAUUUUUAUGGGGUCCGCACUCUAAUUGACGCUGGAGCUUAAGAAAGCGUUACAAGAUAAGAUUGACGCCGGUGCCCUCGGAUGGUUAGGCGGAAAUGUUGGUAGGAAUGGAAAUGAACGCUUUUUGUUCGAAAAUAGUAGAGCGGACAGUGGCAGGACGCCCAAAAUUGCGAUUCUUCCGCUCGACAGCGCCCACGCUACUUACAACCCCAGCGAGGUUGAAGCCUCUUUGAAGACAUCGAAUUCUAGUACGACGUUUGAGCUUCAUUUUGGUUACCUUCAGCUGUAUGCGGACCGGCUGCCUUCGCGACUUUGUGCCAAAUCAGGUGGGCUCGCAGACGAAACCCUUGGAAAGGUUUUCGCGAAAGCUUUGCACGCGUUUGUCAAAGAAAUGACGUUGGCCACCUCGGAUGUGAAGUACACGACGACCUCCAAUUCAGGAGGAGUCUCCUCCGAUGCAAGUCGACGGUUCUCGAUUGUGAACACGUAUAAGGAGACAAGCUACCACGCGAACGCUGCUGGCUACCUGACGGCUUCUCAUUUCAUUCUCGAUCCAACGGAGGCCUAUUGCAAUGACUUUCGCCUACAAUACCGUAAGGGCCGCAUCGUUGGACUGCGCUCCAAGGAGGACGCUGCUCCGAUUCAGAAGCUCUUCCAAGACAUGUUUGGGCAUCCGAAUACAGCGAUGCGUGAGAGGCUGACGUAUCAUUUUGAUAACUUCUUAACGCUGAACGAUGCGGCUGGGAGCUUGUUGUCCUCAGAGCAGAAAACGCAGGUUCUUACGUCUUCCAGUUUCCCGGAAGGCAUGUACGACACCCAUAGCGCCCAGGCACUCAAGCCCACGGAUACAAGGACGGGGGAGCCGGCGUCGGUGAAGAUCGUACAAAUAGAUCCUACGACCACGACGACGAGCACAACUUCAACUAGUACGUUUAAGGCCUCCCUAGUCCAUCUCUGUAGACAUCCCUCAAGCAUAUGUUGCGCACCAAUUGUAACAAGGGGAAGACUGUCCUCUGACGCAUAUGCGCGCCAAUUGUAACAAGGGGAAGACUGUCCUCUGACGCAUAGGUACGCUUGAGAGAUUUCCACAGCAGGGAUGAAGUGGGGAGAGGUCUAAAACAACGAACACGGACAGUACGACUCUGCGGCCGUCCGUUUCUGUAGUAACGUCAAUGAAGUUGGGUUUCCCUGGUCUGUCGAUGUUCACGACGAGACAAAUAGAGACUUUGAUUAAGGCUUGCCAUAAUCCAUCUUCUGAAGGAGGCAUCCGGAGUACUUAAAGGCUUUUCAAGGGGAGGAACAGGAUGAAAGAGGAACAGGAUCAUGCAUGCUUUUCAGGAUGUGUGCCAUCUAUGACGCCCUUAUCAUGGCAGUAUCCACGCGGAAAAUACGCAGGUAGGUUCUGAUUUAUCGGAACUCGCUCGCACUACAAAAAAAAAAAGCGAGAUUAGUUGUAUUGUAUUGUAUUGAUCAAGAAUAGGUUGAGGAGCUCCUCUAAUUUGAAGAGGGAGUCUGCUUCUGCUGUUUUUGUCGACUACUGCUUCUCGAUGGCAGGGAUCGGUAUGUACAAGCAGGAUGCUGCAGCCGGUCUUACGAUUCCAGCAACUCUCCUCCCGGAAGAGGAAGAAUCCAUGCGACGCAAGGUCCUCGCGUGUUUGAAUAGCUGCGGCUCAACGUGGGGACCUCGAGGGACCUACACGGGUGCUUUAUGCGCUGGUGUUUCACGAUCCUCGUGUCAGAAAGUGAGCCUGGAUUGCCCAGUUGCAAGGGUGCGGUCGAGGAAGAGGUCCUUGUUAGAUACACGAGGAGAAGAACAAGCUAUCGGUUUCGGCUUCGAGGAGGAGAGUUAUUCGUCGCCAGAUGUUGUGGAGGAAGGUACCUUUGUACGUGACAUCAAACCCUAAACCCUAAAUGAACCUGAGGAAUGAGGGCGACACGGGGUAAGGGCGGGUACUCUAUGUUGUGUCUUCUAUGUUCUAUUGACCAACAAGAACACAUUAUAAAGAUCAUUGAUAAAGGGGUCACAACUUUAUACCACUAUAAUAAGUAGUGCAUACUAUUAUUUAUAUUGAUUAAAUAUAAUGCUGUACAGCAACUAUAAUAGGUUGCCAAUCACAACUUCCGAUCUCAACAUAAGUAGUAGGUGCAAAAUAGUACUUAAUCUUAAUAGAAGCCGUGCUGGUUCCAAUUGCAAGCUUUUCUAACUCUUCAGGAGCAACUUUUCCUUUGAGUCGGGAAUUACAAUUAACGACCUCGUCUGGUACAAGUUCUUCUUCAUCUGGUUCUGGGCAGGCGACGUAUCAGAUUCAAGCUGUGUAUCCGGUUCCCACUGCUACCACAAGCCAAGCGAUUGCCUCUUUGGUAAGCGAUACCAUGACUACGCGAGCGACGGCAACUGGAGUGGCAGUCGCGCAGUCUGUGAAUUCUGCCCUUACUGCUCAAUAUGUAGCCGACUCCGCCGCGAACGUGGGAGGUGCUUCUGCUGGGGUGCUUCGGCUGAUAAUGUCACCAGUUGUCACUCUCGAAGAGGCGAGAGUCGAAGACACACCAGAAGGCGUGACCAAUCUUGACGACUUCCUGAGGAUCACGACUACUUAUGACUAGGAUCUUGACCUCUCAUCAUCUCAUGAUCAUAGAUAUGCGAGAUUAUAGCACUGCUUUUACUUCUUCACGACGAUUCUUGACUUAGUAGACUUACUCGAAAACGGAAAAUAACCGAGUUACUGACUGAAAGAAGGGAGAUAGCUUUGACAGGGCUACUCUUCCUUGUUCAGUGAACAUCUCGCUUAUUUUCAGUUUUUCGAAUACAUAACCAGAUAGCAUAAGCAUUUACCUCUUGGCUUAGAGUUACUUUCCACCCCCAAGGAAGAGUACAUAGGUGGAAAGAGAAAGACGGCAAGACAUUACCAGAUUGCAUCCUUCACUCCAUUCGUGACUUUCUCUCCGAUAGGAAAGACGUCAAGGAUGAUUUGAAGAUUGUGAAAUAAACCGCGCAAGAACCAUUGCGGCGUGCGAAGUAGAAGGGAAUGUAAACAUAUUUAGAUUGCCUUCCUCCUCCUCUAAGCUACCAGAGCUCCGUUUGUUACUAUCAAUCCUCCUCCGUCUGAAUCUGAAGAUUCGGGGGACGAUGGCGACGCAAAUAUGGUCAUGCUCAUCGGCAUUAUUGCAGGUGGUGUUGCGUUUCUGGGCUUAGUGGUUGCAGGCAUUGCUGCCUACCUCCAAGCGAAGAAAACGAGUCCUUCUACAACGAGGAAACCUGCUACUACUGCGUCUCCUGCAAGAACUUCUGGUGGAAGAGGCGGCGAGAAACUUGGCGAUAAUUCACUGGAAAUUGGCGGUAAUUUUGCUGAGCAGGAGGUGAAACAACUAGAAGAUCGGGAGCAUAUUAAGAGCCGCGUAUCUGUCGCAACAGGUGCGAGGAAAGGGCCGCUGCAACAUGCUGUGCAGGAGGUGAAACAACUAGAAGAUCGGGAGCAAAAGAGCCGCGUAUCUGUCGCAACAGGUGCGAGGAAAGAGCCGCUGCAACAUGCUGAGCAGGAGGUGAAACAACUAGAAGAUCGGGAGCAAAAGAGCCGCGUAUCUGUCGCAACAGGUGCGAGGGAAGAGCCGCUGCAACAUGCUGAGCAAGAGUUGAAACAACUAGAAGAUCGGGAGCAAAAGAGCCGCGUAUCUGUCGCAACAGGUGCGAGGAAAGGGCCGCUGCAACAGAGUGCUGCAACCCCACGCAAACACUCCGUCCCUGCAACUGCACGAAAAGGAAAAAGUGCUGUCCCUGCUGGAAAGGGAGGUAUUGAUAGUCGUGCUUCUCUCUCUCUAAGAAAACGACCAGUCAUUUGUUAUAUGAGUAAGUAAAAGCUAACCUUUCUUGCUUCACGUUGCUAUUAUGAGUAAUCUAUCUGUGUGGCUCCUGUGCCCGCGAUUAACCGUGGUCGAGCUGAGUUGACGAAUUUUGUCUGUGUCUUAGCUGUGUGUUAGUCUAGUGCUGUGGAGGCGAGAAUUAUUUAGAAGCGUAUGGAGUUUUUUUAGUGUGUGCUGUGAUAAUUAUGGCUUAUAGCAUGCAUGGGGUGCAUGGAGUAGCAUGGAGUGCGGACCCAUAUAAGGGACGCAAGGAGCGCCCUCUUUAGCCCCAUGCAGCUCCAUGCGAUCCAUGCACUCCAUGCCAUGCGAGCGGGCACACAUUGGAGGCUACUCUGUUAUACAUAGGCGCCUCCGCUCUUUCAUAACUUCUUUUCACCGUACUACCCUUCAUCUUUCAUCUUUCAUGACUUCUUUACACCGUACUACCCUUCAUCUUUCAUAACUUCCUCUCACCGUACUACCCUUGUCUCAUAACUUCUUUGCACCGUACUACCUCAGGCGUUCUCGGUCGAAACAAACAGCAGGACAAUCUUGGCGAGUCGCGGAAGGAGUCCUCGCGGAUGAAGAGUCGUGCUACAGGUAAUAAUGAUAUCACGAGUUAAGGAAUAGGUGUUAAAUACUUGUUGAUAUCUUCAGUUCUCUCAGACUCAGGCUCGGGUGAUAAUGAUAUCUUAGCCUCCUGCUCAACACUACGAUGUUGCUGUGAUCGAAUAGAAAUUUUUACUUCUUCAUGUUUGGAGGUUUCUUUUUUAUGUUCUUGCCUAGGUAGGUACCGCGACAGCACUAAAUCAGUCACAGGAUAGAAGUAGAUGUCUAAAGUCCCAGACAGGAUCAGAGGAUCAUAAAAAAUGAAAUCUUCAUCAUCAUAAAAAAUAACAAAUUAUCAUCAUCAAAGGCCCGCCCCGUGAACAAGAAGAACCGCAGGCCCAGGCGGGACGAGUGGAACCACGACGAACUGGAAGCGCGAAGGCCUCUCGCACAGACGUUGUUGAACGGGACGGAUCAUGGACCGAACCAGUUGUAGCUGCAGAGCAUCCUGUAUCUGGUGGAGGUCCUGUUAGUACCAAACGGAACGGAUCGAAACGGGCUGUGAAAUUAAGUCUUGUUUUUACAUCGUUUAGUGAAGAUUUUGGAUUCUGUUACAAUUCAUCUCCUGUAAGAUACUGAGACACAUUGGAUCUCGCAUGUGUAUACUGGUAAGGGAACACGGUGACCACGGUAGCGCAUAGGUAAAAAUUUUGAAUUGGGCACCGUGUGACGAGGAGGCAGUUGCCCUCACCAGAUUUUGGAUUCUGUCACAAUUCAUCUCCUGUAGGAGAAAGAUACGUAUUGUUCUUUUCUGUCUUAAAAAGAGAAAGAGUACUGAUACAUAUUGUUCUUUUCUGUCUUAAAAAGAAGAGAACAAAGAGUUUCUUGAAUUCUAAGGCAAAUUAAGUCUUGUUACAAGAUUUAGUGAAGAUUUUGGCUUGUUCAACUUCAAUAAUUUUGCUUCCUCUACUUGUCGACGUCCACAGUUCAUUAUCUCUGUGAGCAGCUCUAAUAGAAAGCAUCAAGAUGAAAGGGAUGCCACUUCUGGCAUCUUUAUCUCCCUCACAGGCUCCAGCACGAGAAGACAAGAAGGAUCGUGAAGAGGGCGCUCUUGAAACUUCUGCACAAGAAGGGGUGGCGGACCUGGAUGAAGAACAGCGCGUGGGGGUGGAAGUGCAGAGUGUGGAGGUAGUGGUCGAACAACAAGAACAAUAA